CGCUGCCGUGCAUUCUUUGCAGCCAUUUCUCCGCCGCUUUCUCGACUGUGAAACCCUUCGCCAUUAGAGCUCUCUUGAGCUUUUCUAGGGUUUUUCCUUUAGAGCAAUGAGAGCUGGCGCCUGAGAGCGUGGUUUGGGGAUUGUUGUCUGGUUUUUGAGAUCUCGAUCGAUGGUUUCCGGCUUUGAUCCGGUGGAUUCGUUCCUCCGCGCGGUGAAGGACGUGAUCUCGCCCAUUGAAUCCGGGUUCUUGCAUGCCGCGAAGAGUUUUGAAUCGAAGAACUUCGAGAAGUUUGAUAGGGUCGGCCGAUCGGGGAAGGAGAAGCCUGGGUGUGACUCGGGGUUCGUUUUGGUUGGGAAUGAAGAGAAGAGGAAGGAGGCGUUUGUAGUUAGGGUUCCGAUUGUACCCAUUUUUGAAUCGUUGUUUCCGAAUUCGCGCAAGAAUGAGCUGGAGAAGAGGACUGAGAAGGAGGUGGAGGAGGAUCGGGAUGCGUUGCCCGCCGCGUGGUCCUUUCAUAUCAAUCGAUUUUUUCAAGCUCUUCCCACCCCGUUGAUGUCCGCCGGGCGGUGCUUCAACAACCAUUCCGUGAAAGACGAUGAUUUGAAGUCCGGGCGAAGAGGAUCUGAUCGGAAGGACAGCACCCGGAGCUCGCCGGAGGAAUUUAGAAAGUCCGGUUUGGGAGUAGGAGAAGCCCUGUCAAUUGAAUUGCUGCUAAGCUGUCUGUUCUUUAACGUUGUGAAAAAUCUUCAGUUUUUCCAUCAGGAAGGUAGUGUAGAGGGUGGUGAACAACUCUCGCAUUUGGAUCGUGUGAAAAUAAUCACUGGCAUUAUCAAAGGGAAGAAGGCGGAUGUUGACGGCUUCUUCUCCAGCUUGAUGUUUGCUAGGGUGGGAGGGACGCCCCCGAGUUUGGUCGGGGCGGCUUCUACAGUGAAGGAGGUAGGGGAGGAGCGAGGGCCGAGCGGUGAUAGAGAGGAGGUGGAGAAUACCCCUCAGAAGCUUGCUAGUGGUUUGCUGAACAUUCCCUUAUCGAAUGUGGAGCGGUUGCGGUCCACAUUGUCCACUGUCUCGUUGACGGAAUUGAUUGAGUUUAUACCUCAGUUGGGGAGGUCGUCUGCUGACCAUCCAGACAAGAAGAAACUGUUCUCCGUCCAGGACUUCUUUCGGUAUGCUGAGGCCGAAGGAAGACGGUUUUUUGAGGAGUUAGAUAGAGAUGGUGAUGGGCAGGUAACACUUGAAGAUCUUGAGAUUGCAAUGAGAAAGAGAAGGCUGCCAAGGAGGUAUGCAAAGGAUUUUUUGCGUCGAACGAGGAGCCAUUUGUUUUCUAAGUCAAUUGGGUGGAGACAGUUUUUGACAUUGAUGGAGCAGAAGGAGCCAACCAUUCUUCGAGCUUAUACAACCCUGUGUUUGAGCAAGUCUGGCACCCUUCAAAAGAAUCAAAUUUUGACCUCUCUCAAAAGUGCAGGCCUUCCUGCCAGUGAGGAUAAUGCUUCUGCUAUGAUGCGAUACCUGAAUGCAGAUACAGGAGGGUCUAUUUCCUACACCCAUUUUCGGAAUUUCAUGCUUCUUCUUCCAUCUGAACGCCUUCAAGAUGAUCCUCGGAGCAUCUGGUUUGAAGCUGCCACCGUUGUUGCUGUUCCUCCACCUGUAGAGAUAUCUGCUGAAAAUGUUCUAAAAUCUGCUUUGGCAGGAGGUCUUGCAAGUGCGCUGUCCACAUCUUUGUUACACCCUAUUGAUUCAAUGAAGACACGUGUCCAAGCAUCGACACUUUCAUUUCCAGAACUUGUAUCAAGACUCCCGCAAAUUGGGAUUCGUGGAUUGUACAGGGGUUCCAUCCCAGCUAUCCUUGGGCAAUUUUCAAGUCACGGAGUUCGUACUGGCAUCUUCGAAGCAAGCAAGCUUGUCUUGGUAAAUGUUGCACCGACACUUCCAGAUAUUCAGGUGCAAUCCUUAGCAUCAUUCUGCAGCACAAUACUCGGCACAGCAGUCAGAAUUCCAUGUGAAGUAUUGAAGCAAAGAUUGCAAGCAGGUCUAUUUGACAAUGUUGGUGAGGCAAUCAUAGGCACGCUGCGUCAAGAUGGUUUGAAAGGCUUCUUCCGGGGAACUGGUGCUACACUCUGCCGUGAGGUUCCAUUCUAUGUUGCCGGCAUGUGCCUCUACGCCGAAGCAAAAAAGGCUGCUCAGAAUCUUCUGAACCGGGAAUUGGAGCCAUGGGAAACUAUAGCCGUGGGAGCAUUAUCCGGUGGUCUAGCUGCUGUUGUCACAACUCCUUUCGACGUGAUGAAAACAAGGACAAUGACAGCACCUCAAGGUGUGCCGGUAUCAAUGGAAAUGAUCGCAUUCUCGAUUCUCCGGCAAGAGGGGCCUCUUGGUCUCUUCAAGGGUGCUGUGCCCAGAUUUUUCUGGAUUGCUCCUCUCGGAGCAAUGAAUUUUGCCGGUUAUGAACUAGCAAGGAAAGCAAUGGACAAGAGUGAAGCUGCAUCUGCUGAUCAGUUUCAGGAAAAGAGAACUACCACUUCCAGGUGAUGUUUCUUUGUCCAUAAAAAUUCAAUGCUGUGCAACUCAUCCUUUUUUUUUAAAAAAAAAGUGAUACAGCCUCAAGAAAAAAAAAAGGAAAAAAGAAAAAAGAAAAAUGUUAAUACUUAGAACCAGAAAAUCAGGGUAUGAAUGUGUGGCCUUGGUGAAGAAGCCCUAAUUUUUGUAACCCCAACCUUGGCCAUUUCUUUUUCAUCUUCCUCCAAAAUUUUUUUUUUCCUUCUCUACCUAUUCCACUGUGUAGAGUCAAUGCUUGGAUUUCCAUUUCAUUUUAUUAAAUCUUUUCAUCUAUGUACAGAUAAUCCUGCAUUUUAUCAUCCACUGCUCUUCUUUCUGUGAAUAUUCUGCAGCUUGUUGUUAGCUCACACAUUUUGCAAUGAUGAGAUGGAUUCCAGGUUAUUUAUUA